AUGGCACUCUUCAUCUUUUCUCUCCUUACAGGUAUUUUACUUCAAAAAGCCGCAUCAAUCGCUGUCCCAUCAAAAGAUGAAUGGGUGACGAUCCAGUCAGCUCUCGAUUCCAAUGUGUCUCUGUCGUUCAAGGAGACAUGCCUUUGCGAAACGACUCCUGGGGUCAAGUCCUACAGUGGCUACGUGAAUCUGCCUCCUGAUCCUGCCGAGGGCCGCGAGUACCCUACACACACCUUCUUCUGGUUCUUUGAAUCUCGAAAAGAUCCUAGCAAUUCACCUUUAUCUCUAUGGCUGCAGGGAGGCCCUGGAACGCCCUCCAUCCCGGCCGCGGUCUCCGAAAACGGGCCAUGUCUGGUGACUGCGGAUUCAGAGACCACAGUUCUCAAUCCCUGGUCUUGGAACAAUGAGGCCAACAUGCUCUACAUUGACCAACCUGUGUCAACUGGAUUUUCAUACAGCACUCUUGUAAACGGUACUGUUGACGAGCCCGUAUUACCUUAUGAGGUCACGACUUACAACAACUCGGCGUUGAGCUCUCUGAAAACAAAUUCCACCGUCCUGGCUGGCACAUUCGCUUCUCAGAAUCCACUGUCCGCCCCCAAUACGACGAUGGCUGCUGCUCGGAUUGCUUGGCACUUCAUGCAGGUUUGGAUGACAGAAUUCCCAGCAUACAAACCCAAAGACAACAGCUUCAGCAUAUGGGGCGAGAGCUACGGAGGGCAUUACGUCCCUACUUUUGCCGACUAUUUCGAAGCACAAAACCUGCUGAUUGCAAAUGGCAGUCUGCACGAAUCUGCUGUUCCAUUGAGACUUGACACAGUCGGCCUCAUCAAUGGCUGCAUCGACGCUUUGACGCAGAUUCCAACUUAUCCACAAAUGGCAUACAACAACACUUAUGGAAUUCGGUUCAUCAACGAAACUCAAUACAAGUCUGCGGUUGCUAACUUUACCGAGUGUCAAGCACUGGUAGAAAAGUGUCAGUUUGCAGCCCAAGAAUAUGAUGCACAAGCAUAUGGCAACGUCACGGAGGUGAACCAAGCGUGCAGUGCUGCUUACAAUUACUGUUUCUCCGCUGUGUACCAAAACCCAACAGAGGCCGGGCUUAGUAUGUUUGACAUCACGGCUGGAGCACUUGUUCCAUUUCCCCCAAAAUAUCCAGCGGGAUAUCUAUCUCGACAGAAUGUCCAAUCCGGGCUUGGAGUUCCUCUCAAUUUUACAGGGCUCUCUGUACCUGUCAGUGCCAGCUUCGUCGCCACUGGCGACUUCGUACGGGGACACAAUCUUGCGGCGCUAGGCCGACUUCUGGACCAGGGCGUCAAGGUCGCACUCGUCUACGGCGAUAGCGACUAUCAGUGCAACUGGUUUGGAGGCGAGCAAAUAAGUCUAGCGAUCAAUUCCAGUAUCAAGUCGAAGUUCCACAAUGCUGGGUAUGCCAACAUCACCACGAACGCUACAUACGCAGGAGGGGUGGUUCGACAAUAUGGCAAUCUGUCUUUCUCCCGAGUCUUUCAAGCAGGUCAUCAAGUGCCAUAUUACCAGCCCGAAACAGCUUUUCGAAUCUUUAACCGCACCUUGUCGAAUGCCGAUGUUGCAACAGGCGAGACUUCAAUUGGCUCCACAUUCAGCACCCAAGGACCAAGCUCCGUGUUCAGCAUCAAGGAUACCCCAUUUUCUCAUCCUCAGCUACAAUGCUAUUUCUGGGAUACCUUGGAAACAUGCACGUCUAGCCAGAAGGCGAUGAUGAACAACGGGACAGCCAUCUUCGAGGACUUCAUCAUGAUCGGCUACGAGGCUGCUAAUGGAUCGGCGGUAUACUACUAGUGAAGCUGUUCAAUCACUGAGUGUGGUCUUAGCCCAGAUAUAGCAUUGAUGUGUCGGGGGCCUGAACUCUGGGCAAAAUGGGGCCAUGAAGCCUAUUGGAUCGCUCGGAAAGAUCACGGGCGUGCACAGCAGUUCAAUGGGGGCUAAUCUGGGGUAUUAAGUUUG